CACUCCUUAAAAAUAGCUUCGUCUCUUCCUCCUCCUCGAUUUCUGUUUCAAAAAAGAACCCUAAUUAUUUUGGGCGGUCGAAAUCAAUGCCGUUAAUCCCAGAUUCAGCUCUUGAUCCCUUUUCCAUGAAACAAAGAUGAGCAAGCUUGAUUCAAUGGAUGUUGCUGAGAUUGAGGAGAGUUUGUUUGCAGCUUGUGAUGCAAAGUUGCAUGGUGGCAUGUGCAAGCAACUUUCGAUAAUUGUUUGUAGAAUUUUGGAGAUAUUUCCCGUCUUAGAAGCAGGGAGGCCUAGGAGCAAGUCUGGCAUACAAGCACUGUGUUCAUUGCACGUAGCACUUGACAAAGCCAAGAACCUCCUUCAGCAUUGUUCAGAAUGUAGCAAACUUUACUUGGCUAUAACGGGGGAGUCCAUUCUUUUGAAAUUUGAGAAGGUCAGAUGUGCUCUUCAGGACAGUCUGAAGCGCGUGGAGGAAAUAGUUCCACAAGCUGUUGGUCGUCAGAUUAUGGAGAUCGCUAGAAAGCUGGAGGAAAUUGUAUUUGCUUUGGAUCAGUCAGAGAAGCAGGUAGGAGAUGAUGUAAUUGUAUUGCUUCAGAAGGAGAGAAAAUUCAACAGUAACUUGAAUGAUGUCAAUGAACUUGAGAUCUUCCAUCAAGCUGCUCUAAAGCUGGGCAUUACAUCUUCGAGAGCAGCUCUCACUGAGAGACGAGCUCUUAAAAAGUUGAUUGAGAGAGCACGGAUUGAAGAGGACAAGCGGAAAGAAUCCAUCGUGGCAUUCUUGCACCAUCUCAUGAGAAAGUAUUCUAAGCUUUUCAGAAGCGAUUUGGGUGAUGAUACCGACUCACAAGGAUCUGGUCCUUGCUCUCCCACCUUUUCUUCUGAGGCAAACGGACGAGUCUUUGAGAGACAGUUCUCUAGACUUAGUUCUUUCAAUUUCAAGCAAAAUGGGUUGAAAUCAGGAAACAUGUCGUUGCCCCCCGAGGAGUUCAGGUGCCCGAUCUCCUUGCAACUCAUGUACGACCCUGUCAUAAUUUCAUCAGGACAGACUUAUGAGCGUGUUUGCAUUGAGAAAUGGUUCAAUGAUGGCCACAAUACUUGCCCGAAAACUCAGCAGGAGCUCUCUCAUCUUGCUCUAACACCGAAUUACUGUGUUAAAGGAUUGAUUGCUAGCUGGUGCGAGCAGAAUGGUAUAUCAAUUCCUGAUGGGCCGCCGGAAUCUCUCGACCUUAACUACUGGAGAUUAGCCUUGUCUGAGCGUGAAGCCUCAAAUUCAAGAUCGAUGACGAGUGUGAAUUCUUGUCAGCUGAAGGAAGUCAAGGUGGUUCCUUUGGAGGAGAGUGUCACUUUAGAGGAACCGGAAGGGGGUGAGAUGGCCACUAUAGAUGAUACAUCUUGGAAAGAUGCUGAAGUUGAUCAGUAUGAAAGAUAUGAGAGCUUGCUGGCUGUCCUUUGUGAUGGUCAGAACUGGAAGAAGAAAUGCAAAGCAGUAGAGGAGAUAAGAUUUCUGCUGAAGGAUGAUGAUGAGGCUAGGAUAUACAUGGGUGCCAAUGGGUUUGUUGAUGCGCUGCUCCAGUUCUUGGCAUCAGCCGUUAAUGAAGAGGAUGAAGGAGCCCAGGAGACUGGAGCUAUGGCUCUUUUCAACCUCGCUGUCAACAAUAACAGAAACAAAGCAAUGCUACUAUCAAGUGGAGUAAUCCCCCUCCUCGAAACCAUGAUCACAAACUCCAAAACCUGUGAAUCCUCCGCCGCUCUCUACCUAAACCUCUCCUGCCUCGACGAAGCCAAACCCAUCAUUGGCUCAAGCAAAGCUGUCCCUUUCCUCAUUCAUCUCCUCCACCCAAACAGCCCUCAAUCCCUUUGUUGCAAGCACGAUGCCCUCUAUGCUCUCUUCAACCUCUCAACCCACCCCUCAAACAUCCCCUUCCUCCUCUCAGCCGACAUAAUCGACAACCUCAACUCUCUCCUCAGCCAAUGCACUUGGCCUGAAAAAGUCCUCGCUGUCUUUAUAAACUUGUUAUCUGACCCUGAUGCCAAGGAAAAAAUGGUAUCAGCCCCAGGGUUUAUUGGUUCGUUGGCAUUAGUGUUGGAUUCUGGCGAGCCACCGGAGCAAGAGCAAGCAGUAUCUUGUUUACUGGUUUUAUGUAUUACUGACGAUAAUUGUAGCCAAUUGGUGCUUCAAGAAGGAGUGAUACCUGCGUUGGUGUCUUUAACGGUCAAUGGAACAACGAGAGGGAAGGAAAAAGCUCAGAAGUUGUUGAAGUUGUUUAGAGAGCAGAGGCAAAAAGAGCAGCCUCAGGUGAUUCAGCUAGAGACGGCGGAGAGAGAGGAGAGCGAGGAGACAGUGAUGGAAUCAAAACCAGGAGUUUAUAGGUCGAGGACGAGGAGAUUGGGGAAGACGAUAAGCUCGUUGUUCAAGAGCAGCAAGAGUUUCUUGGUGAAUUAGUUGUUGGGGAGAUUUGUGUUUACAGUGGUUAAUGUAAAUUGAUCUGUAAUUUUUUUUUCUUUUGCUUUGAGUCUUGUCUCUCAAGCAUUUUCCCUGUUGUCUUGAGAGAGUACUGAAAGGAAAAGAAACCAAGAGAAUGUAUUGUACAGUUCUUUUUGCCCCUUGGGGUUUUUACUA